AUGUCUACUACCGAUAACAGUGCGACGCCUCUGAACAAGAGCAAGGCCCCUGCUCCUACCAGCACCAAUGGCGACGUCCAGAUCGGCUUCCGGCCCCAGCAGAACAUGGCUGUCGAGCCUCCUCGCCAGGAGGAUCUCCAGCCUAGCUACGCCUCCAUCGUAGGAAACGAUGCCGAUGCCAAGGGAUGGUAUGGCUCUAUGAUCAACGCUCUCGGGUCUUGCAUGGGAACCUUUGGCGCCGUUCCCUGCUGCAUUGUGUGCCCGAACCCCUACAAGCAGGUCCACCAAGGUAACGUGGGCUUGGUCACCAAGUUUGGCAAGUUCUACAAGGCCGUAGACCCCGGCCUGGUCAAGAUCAACCCCCUCUCCGAGCGUCUGGUCCAGGUCGACGUCAAGAUCCAGAUCGUCGAGGUCCCCAAGCAGACCUGCAUGACCAAGGACAACGUCUCCGUCCACCUGACCUCCGUCAUCUACUACCACAUCGUCUCGCCGCACAAGGCCGCCUUCGGCAUCGCCAACGUCCGCCAGGCCCUCAUCGAGCGCACCCAGACGACCCUGCGCCACGUCGUGGGCGCGCGCAUCCUGCAGGACGUCAUCGAGCGCCGCGAGGAGAUCGCCCAGAGCAUCGGAGAGAUCAUCGAGGACGUCGCCGCCGGCUGGGGCGUGGCCGUCGAGUCCAUGCUGAUCAAGGACAUUGUCUUCUCGCAGGAGCUGCAGGAGUCGCUGUCCAUGGCGGCCCAGAGCAAGCGUAUCGGAGAGUCCAAGAUCAUCGCGGCCAAGGCCGAGGUCGAGAGCGCCAAGCUGAUGCGCCAGGCCGCCGACAUCCUCAGCUCCGCCCCGGCCAUGCAGAUCCGCUACCUCGAGGCCAUGCAGGCCAUGGCCAAGAGCGCCAACAGCAAGGUCAUCUUCCUGCCCGCCGCCAACCAGACCAUGCCCAGCAACUCGGCCUUCAAGGCCGCCCUGGCCCAGGAGGGCGAGUCCUUUGCCCAGGACGAGUCCAGCCACGGCAACGACUUUGGCAGCACCGACCCAGGCUUCCAGCGCGCCAUGAACGCCCGCGUCGUGGAGAACAUCUAA